GUGGCAGCCGGCCCUAACCAGAGCAUCCACCAUCCCAGCAGAUCCCGGGCGCCAUUAUGGGUCACCACUACAAGGAUAUUGUGUAAGGAUUCCGAUGACCUUGAUGAGAAUAGCAAGGACUCCUGCUGGUGUGCAGUCAAAAACACUCUUAAUCUUGUUGAUUAUUUCUACAGUAUCACUCGUGUUUAUACCUUUGUCUUUCGUUAUUAUCCUUACUACAAGUCACUCUUUACAAUUGCACGUCAUUCGUUUAUUCAUUGAUUUAUCGUGUCUUCUUUGAAAGAUCUGAAACCCGCCGCUUCCCUCAACAAAGCGUUCUUUUAUCGAAUCAUAAACUACGGAUCAGCAAAGAUGAAAACUAGUCACGUAUUAGCCUUGUCCUCCGCGUUGCUCUCUGGAGCAGAUGCGUAUUUCAGUGGCUUCAACAUCGGCGCGAAUCUUCCCUCGGGAGCAUGCCGGAGUCAGUCGGACUGGGAGUUUGCUUUCAACAAGAUCGCCAGCUUCCCUGGAAACUUCAAAUCAGCCAGACUUUACGCUUCGAGUGACUGCAACACACUAGCAAAUGCCGUGCCUGCGGCCCUCGCGACAGGAACCUCCCUCCUCGUUGGUAUCUGGACCGAAGAUAGCAAUCACUACGAGGCCGAGAAACAGGCCUUGCUUGACGCCAUUCAACAGUAUGGCUCCGACUGGAUCCUGGCGGUGUCUGUAGGCAGUGAAGACCUUUACCGGGGUGACACUGACGCAAACACCCUGGCUUCGCAGAUCAAUGAUGUUCGCGGGAUGCUGUGGGGUCUCGGAGCCAGCAGUAAAUCUGUCGGACACGUUGAUACUUGGACCGCCUGGGUCGACGGCGCAAACACUCCUGUCAUCGACGCGGUGGAUUGGCUCGGUAACGAUGCCUACCCGUACUGGCAAGGCAUCGGCAUCGACAACGGUGCAGCAAGCGAUGCCUACUGGGCUGCAGUCAACCAAGUUAGGGCUGUUGCACAAGGAAAAGACGUCUGGACCACCGAGACUGGCCAGCCCAUCUCCGGAGAUACAGUUGGAAAUGCGGUGCCGUCUGUUGAAUCGCUGCAGACCUACUGGUGGCAGGUGUCUUGUGCCAGCUUGACCAGCUUGAACUAUUUCUUCUACGACCUCGAUGACUUCACUGCGUCACCUAGCUUUGCCAUCGUCGACUCGAACUACAACCCUCUCAUCGACAUGACUUGUGGUUCAUGAUCCGGUGGCUGUAUGUGACUGUACACGGUGAUCCCCCAUUCUUUACCAGCAGAGCAGCUAUCAUUGCUUGCGAAAAGUUUGUUUCGAGUUUGGUUGAUGAGCAUAGCGUGGACUGGUCUGGAUUGCAGGGAAUGGUUAUUACUGUUUGGAAAUUCCUGAUAGACUGCGAUUUAAUAUUAUAUAUGGGUUAUUUCUAUGAACGGACAUACAUCUCGAUUGAU